AUGGCGAACGUAAUCUCAGUUUCCCAUUUUACCCUUCCCGCAUUAGCUUAUUUACUUCUCCUCCUAUCCUCCACCGCCGCCGCCAUCAACGUCACUGCCGUUCUCUCUUCUUUCCCUAACCUAUCUUCUUUCUCCAACCUCCUCGUCUCCUCCGGCAUCGCAGCCGAACUCUCAGGUAGAAACUCGCUAACCCUCCUCGCCGUUCCCAAUUCUCAAUUCUCCUCCGCUUCCGUGGACCUCACGCGCCGUUUACCUCCUUCGACACUCGCAGAUCUCCUCCGCUUCCAUGUCCUUCUCCAGUUCCUCUCAGAUUCCGAUCUACGACGUAUCCCACCCUCAGGCUCCGCCGUCACCACUCUCUACGAAGCUUCCGGCCGUACAUUCUUCGGAUCCGGAUCCGUUAACGUAACCCGUGACCCGGCUUCAGGAUCAGUCACGAUCGGAUCUCNUAAAAAACUAUACCCCACGUGGGCACCACCCAAAAUUAUAUAA